UUGUUAUAUAUAAUAUUGAGUAAUCGUUAUAACUAUCCGACCGACCUACCAAGUUCUAUCUCUAUAGCCAUGAUGAGAAACAAAUAUUCAGAUAUACAAAGACAUCCUCCGAAUAUUAAGGGGACAGUCGCAUCAGAGGAUGACUAUGUCCGGACACUGCAAGAUCUGAAAGCUUUUGAAAGACGGUUGACUGAAGUUAUUGACAAACUGCAGCCAGCAGCCAGGUUUUGGCGAAUCAUUUUGAUCAUCACCUCGGUAUGUACAGCCAUUGGAGCAUGGGCCUGGUUAUGGGAUCCUGCCACUGCUCAGAUAUCAUUCAUCCAAUCUCUGUGGAACCAUCCUUUCUUCACCAUCAGCUGCAUUACACUAUUAGCUCUCUUCGUGUAUGGUGGUAUCCAUAAGAGAGUUGUUGCACCAUCCAUUGUUGCUUCUCGAUGUCGGCAAGUUCUUUCAGAUUAUAACAUGUCUUGUGAUGAUACAGGAAAGCUGAUUCUAUUAAAACCAAGACCUUCGAUAUGACACAUGGAGAUUUAGAAAAUUUUAAACUUUUAAUGGCCAAUUUCAUUGCUACUGGAUUUUUUAUUCUGAAAUCCUGAAUGAUUUUGUCAUAAUAUAUUUUUAUAUAUACAUACACACACACAUACAUACAUAUCACACACACACAUACAUACAUAUCACACACACACAUACAUACAUAUCACACACACACACAAUAUACAUACACAUACACGUGUAAUAUACACACAUACACACAUGUAAUAUACACUCACAUACAUAUAUACACAAGUGUAUUUAUAUAUAUAUGUGUUAUACACAACAUAGGUAAAUGCUGUAUUCUUUUGUAUAAAGCCCCAGAGUGCAUAAUAUACACUCACAAAAUGUUAAGAGUAUAUGUGUAUGUAUGUAUGCAUGCAAGAAAUGUAGGUAUGUAUGUAUGCAUGCAUGAAUGUAGGUAUGUAUGCAUGCAUGCAUGUAUAUAUAUAUAUAUAUAUAUAUAUGCAUAUGUGUAUGUAUAUGCAUAUUGUUUAUAUACAUAUGUAUGUGACUGUAUAUAUAUGUGUGUGUGUGUGUAUACACAUAUGUAUGUGUGUGUAUUUAAUGUGCAGGGUUACAGUCCCAGAUUAUAACAUUCCAUUUCUUAGAGUUUCAUGUCUUUGAUCUGGGCUAUUCUUGUGACAGUGCUAGCUGAUAGAACAGAUACUUUCUCAGACAGUGAAAAAAAAUCUUUUCUAUCAGCUAGCAUUGUCUGAAAAAUGUGCAAGGUUGAAGGCACGAAACUGUAUGAUUGUAACUAAAAGAGUGUUGUAUCUAGAAUUGUAAUUCUGUACAUUAAAUAUAUAUUUUACCUAGGUGUUAAAAAGUCUUUUUUUACUUUGUCCCUGUUUUAUUAUGUCCAUGAUCUCAAAUAAUAUAUAUAUAUAUAUAUAUAUAUAUAAAAACACUAAAUUGAAUUGGGCACUAUAUAAAUAUGAAUCCAAGAUAGAAGAAACUAUGCACUGAAUUACUCAUGUGGGUGGUUCUUUCCAUAUUACACUCAAUGCUUAUAAAGUGUCUAAUUCAAUUUCAUGCUUAUAACUGACAAUCUUAACCAUUUUACAUUACACACACAAAUGCAGGGCGAUUUUCUUAAAGGUUAUUAACUAUUUAGAAAAAUUCCUUGAAAAGCAGAAAGGCACAAACCUUUUUAACUGAAGUUUUAGUAUUGUGCGCGAGUGCUUUCAUUUUUCAGUUUUCCAAACACGUUUGAAAAAUUGAACAAUAGAAGCACUUACGCAACAAUCUGGAUACUUCAUUCCAAAAGGUUUGUGCUGUUCUGUUUUUCUCAGAAUUAUUCUAAAAUAAUUAAUAACCUUUAAUCUUUCUUUAAAUAUUGUGACUAUUAUUGAGUAGUGUUUGCAAAAAUUUGUUUUCGCGUGUGUGUGUGUGUAUUUGAAAGUGCUAUUUUAUGAGAUAGUAAGUAUUUAUUAAAUUAUUUGUUUAUACACUAUAGUAUGUUUCAUACUCUGGAUAUUGCCAAAUGCAUACAAAAUUAUUAUGAUGUUUGGUUAUUAGCAGUAAAAAGUAAGUUUGAGAAUUUCCUAGUAAUUAAGGUGCAGUUAUUUUUUUUAUAGUUAUAAAUUUCAAAUAAAGAGUUCACUUCCAUCUACAAUGUCAGAAUUUUGAAAAGUUUUGUUUAGAAGAAAGAACAUAUAGAAAAACUGAAGUCUUUCUUACAUGGUAUACACCUAAUUGUAUGAUAAAUAGAUUUCAAAAAGUUACUUUGAAUAGGAGGGAGAACAUACUAAGAGAAAUAGUUUAGGCUAACAGAGAGAAAGUAAGAGAGUUGCCUCAGUCUUGGAUUGCAAAAGAGAUAGGGGAAAAAGAUUGACAGCAGCAGGUAUAUAUGUUGUUUCAACCAUGAGAGAGA